AUGCGUCAAGAAAUUGUUGUCGAGGAUGUUGAGAAGCAGAAGCUUGCGCUGCUUUUGCAGAGCACAUUUAUCCCCGAUGAAGACGUUUGUCCGUCUUCAGAACCGCAUGAGCAAUCGAGCGGCAUUUUCAACAAAUUGAAACAAAAACCGUGGCUUGCCGUGAUACUUGCUGUGGUUUUACUGGUGUUGUAUUUGCCAAAACUCAUUAAAUUGCCACUCAUAUCCAUUAUACACGAUGAGAAUUGCGACAUCGGCUCGCAUGAGAGCCUUGGGUCCGGAAAGCUAGGGGCCAUUGCAACCGAAAGCUCCAUUUGUUCGCGACAUGGAAUCGAGAUGUUUGAAUUGGGGGGCAAUGCUGCUGAUGCGACAGUAGCUGCCCAAUUUUGUGUCGGAGUUAUCGGAAUGUACCAUAGCGGUAUCAGUGGCGGUGGAUUCAUGCUGGUGCGGGCGCCGAAUGGAUCCUUUGAGUUUAUCGACUUUCGAGAGACUGCGCCAGCCGCGGCAUUCGAUGAAAUGUUUCGACACAAUACAAAUGGUUCAAUUUACGGGGGGCUGGCAAGUGCCGUGCCUGGUGAAAUACGUGGAUUGGAGUAUCUCCACAAAAACUACGGCUCUCUUCCGUGGCGGACUAUCAUGCAACCAGCCAUCCAGACUGCUCGCAACGGAUUUCCAGUUACCGAGGACUUGAUCAGAUAUAUGAACGCGGCAGUGGGCAGUGGGGAGGAUUUCCUGUCCCAGAAUCCAACCUGGGCCCUGGACUUUGCUCCUAACGGUACCCGGCUAGGUUUGGGGGAAAUCAUUACUCGAAGACGCUUUGCGGAUACACUUGAAGCUAUUGCCGAGCGCGGUCCCGAUGCAUUCUAUUCGGGUCCAAUUGCUGAAACCAUGAUCAAUGCGGUUCAAGCGUCAAACGGAACAAUGACACUGGAGGAUCUUGCGAACUAUACUGUCACGAUUCGAAACAUAUCUCAGAUCGACUAUCGAGGAUACACCAUCACUAGUGGAACGGCUCCCUCCAGUGGCACCAUCGCAUUGAGUAUGCUGAAAAUUCUUGACGGAUACAAGGAUUUCUUUUCGUCUGAGGAGACCGUGAACCUUAGUACACAUCGGAUGAACGAGGCAAUGCGAUUCGGAUAUGGUCAGAGAACCGAGAUGGGGGACCCUCUGUUCGUUCCAGAGAUGGCGAAGUAUGAGCGAAGCAUAUUGAGUCAAUCAACAGUUGAUGGAAUCCGAAACAAGAUAUCCGACACGCACACAUUAGAUGUGUCAGCAUAUGAUCCUGCUGGCAUUGAAAGUCGGGAUACACCAGGGACAUCCCACAUUGCCGCAAGUGAUCACUCCGGGCUUGCCAUCUCUGUUAUCAGCACUAUCAACACCUAUUUUGGCAGUCAAUUGAUGGUCCCAGAGACCGGUAUCAUAAUGAACAAUGAGAUGAACGACUUCUCAAUUCCCGGAUCAUCUGACUCGUUUGGAUAUGUUCCCUCCGAGGCGAAUUAUGUCCGACCCGGCAAGCGACCAAUGUCGUCCAUCACACCUGCCAUCAUCACUGGGCCCGACGGAAAGCUGUUUCUGAUAAGUGGAUCGGCAGGAGGUAGUCGUAUUAUUACAGCCACCGUCCAGGUCAUCAUUAACGCUAUUGAUCACGGUCUGAAUGCAGCUGGAGCCUUGGCCAAGCCUCGCUUGCAUGACCAACUGCUUCCUAACCAGGUCUGGUUUGAGUACGCAUUUGACAAUUCCACUGUAGCUUUCAUGGAAAGCAGAGGGCACAAUGUUAGUUGGAUGGCUCCUGGUACAAGCAGUGCACAGCUUAUCCAUGUCCUGCCCAAUGGGACAUUCGAUGCUGCUGGGGAACCACGUCAAUUAAAUUCAGCGGGUUAUGCAAUAUAG